AUCCCACAAUCCUCUAGUCCCGGAUUUCCGGUUCAUCUAGCCUUGCCGUAAGUCGUUUCUAUCAGUCGCACAGGACUGUGGGGCGGUCUUAGGUAGGAAGGAGUUUUUUUGCUCGUCGUUGUCAGUGUCUACUGUUUGGAAUUAAUCAAGUUUCGGGAAUCACUACCGCUGCCACCAACAUGUCGGUCCCAAGCGCACUCAUGAAGCAACCACCCAUCCAGUCAACGGCUGGAGCCGUCCCGGUUCGCAAUGAAAAAGGUGAGAUUUCCAUGGAGAAAGUGAAGGUAAAACGAUAUGUCUCUGGAAAGAGGCCAGACUAUGCCCCUAUGGAGUCCUCAGAUGAGGAAGAUGAAGAAUUUCAAUUCAUUAAGAAAGCCAAAGAACAAGAAGCAGAGCCUGAGGAACAGGAGGAGGAUUCAUCUAGUGAUCCACGUCUGCGGCGUUUACAGAACCGUAUUAGUGAAGAUGUGGAAGAGAGAUUGGCUCGACAUCGGAAAAUAGUGGAACCUGAAGUGGUAGGAGAAAGUGACUCAGAAGUAGAAGGAGAUGCUUGGCGCAUGGAACGAGAAGAUAGCAGUGAGGAAGAGGAAGAAGAAAUUGAUGAUGAGGAAAUAGAGCGGCGCCGUGGCAUGAUGCGUCAGCGAGCACAAGAGAGAAAAAAUGAAGAAAUGGAAGUAAUGGAGGUGGAAGAUGAAGGACGUUCGGGGGAGGAGUCAGAAUCAGAGUCUGAGUAUGAAGAAUACACAGACAGUGAAGAUGAGAUGGAGCCUCGCCUUAAGCCAGUCUUCAUUCGAAAGAAAGACCGAGUGACAGUUCAAGAACGUGAGGCUGAAGCAUUGAAACAGAAGGAAUUGGAGCAGGAAGCAAAACGGAUGGCUGAGGAGAGGCGCAAGUACACGCUCAAGAUUGUAGAAGAGGAGACCAAGAAAGAGUUGGAGGAAAACAAGCGGUCCCUGGCUGCACUGGAUGCACUCAAUACUGACGAUGAAAAUGAUGAAGAGGAGUAUGAGGCAUGGAAAGUACGAGAGCUAAAAAGAAUCAAGAGAGACAGAGAAGACCGAGAAGCACUUGAAAAGGAGAAAGCAGAAAUUGAACGCAUGCGAAACCUGACUGAGGAAGAGAGGCGAGCUGAGCUUCGGGCAAAUGGCAAAGUCAUCACCAACAAAGCUGUUAAGGGCAAAUACAAGUUUUUACAGAAGUAUUAUCACCGCGGUGCUUUCUUUAUGGAUGAGGAUGAAGAAGUAUACAAGAGAGAUUUCAGUGCACCUACCCUUGAGGAUCAUUUCAACAAAACUAUUCUUCCUAAAGUCAUGCAGGUCAAGAACUUUGGACGUUCUGGUCGUACCAAGUACACCCAUCUUGUGGAUCAAGACACCACCUCCUUUGAUUCAGCCUGGGGUCAAGAGAGUGCCCAGAACACAAAGUUCUUUAAACAAAAGGCAGCUGGGGUACGAGAUGUAUUUGAGCGACCAUCUGCAAAGAAGCGGAAAACCACCUAGUGUUCAACUACUUAUUCCAACUGCUGGACACGAGUGGAAGUCUCAGCAUCGGGUCCUUGAUUUCCUUUCACUGUUAUUUACAUGGUUCCUGUAUCCAGCCUCCUCCUGGACUUACUGCCAUACUUGUGUUAUUGGGCGACCCAGUCUUUGAAGGUGCUUUGUGAGGUUUGGACUUGUGCUGAGAAACCCACAGAAAAGCACUGUCCAGGUAGGAUUAGAGGUUUCCCACUUAAAACUGUUUCUGAGAAAUCUUAGGUUUCUCUAACAUAGCUUCCCAUAUUUACUUGGGACUGUUGAAUUUCUUUUUCUGGCCUCUUAGCUUGGGUCAGAAAUAUGGGCGCGUAAAUGAACAAUGCAUUACUUCUACCUUAGGGUUAGAAAUCUAUAUAUGCACCAAGAAAUCUAAGCUCUUUGAAGCCUGUUUUGCAUUUUUGGGUACAGUCAACCUUUCUAAGUGAACAUGCUUUUUGAUCCAUUUGUGUGUGUUUCAAGAAAUAAGUCACACUAGGAAUAUUUUUAUCAUAUUUUGGGGGGAAAAUGUGUAAGCUGACAAGGACUAACUACUAACUAAAAUAUAACAAGGAGUUAUCAAGCAAGUUGUUUGAUCAUGCCCUCUGAUCUCAGAAACAAACUCACAUACUAGACAGAUGUUAUGUAGCACCCACAUUUAUUCCAUAAGCAAGUACAAAUCUGUUUGGUUGUCCUUGCUCUAAACUAUAGUUAUACAUGGAACAAAUGUUGACUCAUAAAAUGGGGCAUCUUACUGAUAAGCACCUGCUAACCUACUAGUAUCUCAUAUAUCAUGGGGAGGGGAGAGAUCAAUGCCCUCUGAGUAGCAAUCCACACUGUCAAUACUAGAGUUAAAUUCAGUUUUCUUUCCACUUAAUACUUACUGUAUAAGCACCAUGCACAUGGCAGAGUACCAAGAGUUCUACAGGUUAAAAGAAAUGAAAUUUUACCAGCAGGAAGACUUUUCUCAAUUGCAUUAAAAAAAAAAAAAA